GAUGGAGGAUGAAGCUGUCCUGGACAGAGGGGCUUCCUUCCUUAAACAUGUGUGUGAUGAAGAAGAAGUAGAAGGCCACCACACCAUCUAUAUUGGGGUCCAUGUGCCCAAGAGCUACCGGAGAAGAAGACGUCACAAGAGAAAGACAGGGCACAAAGAAAAGAAGGAAAAAGAGAGAAUCUCUGAGAACUACUCUGACAAAUCAGAUGUGGAAAACGCUGAUGAAUCCAGCAGCAGCAUCCUAAAACCUCUCAUCUCUCCUGCCGCAGAACGCAUCCGAUUCAUCUUGGGAGAGGAGGAUGACAGCCCAGCGCCUCCCCAGCUCUUCACCGAACUGGAUGAGCUGCUGGCCGUGGAUGGGCAGGAGAUGGAGUGGAAGGAGACAGCCAGAUGGAUUAAGUUUGAAGAAAAAGUGGAACAAGGUGGGGAGAGGUGGAGUAAGCCCCAUGUGGCCACGUUGUCCCUACACAGCUUAUUUGAGCUUAGGACAUGUAUGGAGAAAGGAUCGAUCAUGCUUGACCGGGAGGCUUCUUCUCUUCCACAGUUGGUGGAGAUGAUUGUUGACCAUCAGAUUGAGACAGGCCUCUUGAAACCUGACCUUAAGGAUAAGGUGACCUAUACUCUGCUCCGGAAGCACCGUCAUCAAACCAAGAAAUCCAACCUCCGGUCUCUGGCUGACAUUGGGAAGACAGUCUCCAGUGCAAGUAGUCCAGCCAUGACCCAUAGGAAUCUGACUUCCUCCAGUCUGAAUGACAUUUCUGAUAAACCAGAGAAGGACCAGCUGAAGAAUAAGUUCAUGAAAAAACUGCCACGUGAUGCAGAAGCUUCCAAUGUGCUUGUUGGGGAAGUUGACUUCUUGGAUACUCCUUUUGUUGCCUUUGUUCGACUACAGCAGGCUGUCAUGCUGGGUGCCCUCACUGAGGUCCCUGUGCCCACAAGGUUCUUGUUCAUUCUCUUAGGUCCUAAGGGCAAAGCCAAGUCCUACCAUGAGAUUGGCAGAGCCAUUGCCACCCUGAUGUCUGAUGAGGUGUUCCAUGACAUUGCUUACAAAGCAAAAGAUAGGCAGGACCUGAUUGCUGGCAUUGAUGAGUUCCUAGAUGAAGUCAUUGUCCUUCCACCUGGAGAAUGGGACCCAGCGAUCAGGAUAGAACCUCCUAAGAGCCUUCCUUCAUCUGACAAAAGAAAGAAUAUGUACUCAGGUGGAGAGAAUGUCCAGAUGAACGGAGACACCCCCCAUGAUGGAGGACACGGAGGAGGAGGGCAUGGGGAUUGUGAAGAACUGCAGCGAACUGGACGGUUCUGUGGUGGAUUAAUUAAGGACAUAAAGAGAAAAGCACCAUUUUUUGCCAGUGAUUUUUAUGAUGCUUUAAAUAUUCAGGCUCUUUCAGCAAUUCUCUUCAUCUAUCUGGCGACUGUAACUAAUGCUAUCACUUUUGGAGGACUGCUUGGGGAUGCCACUGACAACAUGCAGGGUGUGUUGGAGAGCUUCCUGGGCACUGCUGUCUCUGGAGCGAUCUUUUGUCUCUUUGCGGGUCAACCACUCACUAUUUUAAGCAGCACGGGACCCGUCUUAGUUUUUGAGAGGCUUCUAUUUAAUUUCAGCAAGGACCAUAAUUUUGACUAUUUGGAGUUUCGCCUUUGGAUCGGCCUGUGGUCAGCCUUCCUGUGUCUCAUUUUAGUAGCCACUGAUGCCAGUUUCUUGGUGCAGUAUUUCACUCGUUUCACAGAAGAGGGCUUCUCCUCUCUGAUUAGCUUCAUCUUUAUCUAUGAUGCUUUCAAGAAGAUGAUCAAGCUAGCAGAUUACUACCCCAUCAACUCUGACUUCAAAGUGGGCUACAAUACACACUUUUCCUGUGCCUGUGUGCCACCUGACCCAGUUAAUAUCUCAAUAUCUAAUGAUACCAUACUGGCCCCAGAGGAUUUUCCAACUGUUUCUUCCACUGACAUGUACCAUAAUUCUACCUUUGACUGGGAAUUUUUGUCGAAGAAGGAGUGUUUGAAAUACGGAGGAAAGCUUGUGGGGAACAACUGCGAUUUUGUCCCUGAUAUCACACUUAUGUCUUUCAUCCUCUUCUUGGGCACCUACACCUCUUCUAUGGCUCUGAAAAAAUUCAAAACCAGUCGUUAUUUUCCAACCACAGCAAGAAAGCUAAUCAGUGACUUUGCCAUUAUCUUGUCCAUUCUCAUAUUUUGUGUAAUAGAUGCCCUUGUAGGUGUGGACACUCCAAAACUAAUUGUGCCAAGUGAGUUUAAGCCAACAAGUCCAAACCGAGGAUGGUUUGUCCCACCGUUUGGAGGGAACCCUUGGUGGGUUUACCUUGCUGCUGCCAUCCCUGCUUUGUUGGUCACCAUUCUGAUUUUCAUGGACCAACAGAUCACAGCUGUGAUUGUAAAUAGAAAAGAGCAUAAACUCAAGAAAGGAGCUGGGUAUCACCUGGAUCUCUUCUGGGUGGCCAUUCUCAUGGUGGUGUGCUCCUUCAUGGCUCUUCCGUGGUAUGUGGCCGCUACUGUCAUCUCCAUUGCUCACAUCGACAGUUUGAAGAUGGAGACAGAGACGUCUGCCCCUGGAGAACAACCAAAGUUUCUAGGAGUGAGGGAACAAAGAGUCACUGGAACCCUUGUGUUUAUUCUGACUGGUUUGUCAGUCUUUAUGGCUCCCAUCUUGAAGUUUAUUCCUAUGCCAGUACUGUAUGGUGUAUUCCUGUACAUGGGGGUGGCCUCACUUAAUGGUGUGCAGUUCAUGGAUCGUCUGAAGCUGCUUCUGAUGCCCUUGAAGCAUCAACCUGACUUUAUCUACCUGCGUCAUGUACCUCUGCGCCGUGUCCACCUGUUCACUUUCCUGCAGGUGUUAUGUCUGGCCCUGCUCUGGAUCCUCAAGUCAACGGUGGCUGCUAUCAUUUUCCCAGUCAUGAUCCUGGCACUCGUAGCUGUCAGAAAAGGUAUGGACUACCUCUUCUCCCAGCAUGACCUCAGCUUCCUUGAUGAUGUCAUUCCAGAAAAGGACAAGAAAAAGAAGGAAGAUGAGAAGAAAAAGAAAAAGAAGAAGGGAAGUUUGGAUAGCGACAAUGAUGAUUCUGACUGCCCAUACUCAGAAAAGGUUCCCAGUAUUAAAAUCCCAAUGGACAUCAUGGAACAGCAGCCUUUCCUAAGUGAUAGCAAACCUUCCGACAGAGAAAGAUCCUCAACAUUCCUUGAACGCCACACAUCAUGCUGAUAAAAUUCCUUUCCUUCAGUCACUCGGUAUGCCAAGUCCUCCUAGAACUCCAGUAAAAGUUGUGCCUCAAAUUAGAAUAGAACUUGAGCCUGAAGACAAUGAUUAUUUCUGGAGGAGCAAGGGAACAGAAACUACAUUGUAACCCGUUCGUCUCUCUUAGAACUGACAGUUUUGUUGUUAAUGUUCCUUUUAUUCCCCACCCACCUUUUGUCUGUUUGUUUAUUUUUAAAUUUUUGUUUUGUUUCAGUUUUUGGUCACUGGCCAAAUAAUACAACACUUUUCUCUGCUUCUCUCUUGCAUAGGUUAAAUCAAGACAAUAGUGCACCAUUCCCUAAAAACAGCAUCUGGGGAAUCUCCCUUUUGUUCUUAUGUUUUAGAUGUGUCCUCUGACAUCCUAAUUCCUGUCACUCAAGACAAACGCACAGAUCCUGUCCUUUUCCUUUAUUAAGCAGAGGUCAAAAGUAUUAAGAUUUUAUAACAACUUUUAUUAAAAUAUUGAAGGAACUUAAAACUUUAGCUUUGGAGCUGUGCUUACUGGCUUGUCUUUGUCUGGUAGAACAAACCCUGCCCUCCAGACAGAGUCCCUUCUUGCUUAUAGAGCUCCCCAGGACUGGAAAAAGUGCUGCUAUUCUAACUUGCUCUUGCUUAUAAACCCUAAUCUUAGAGUUAUCAAAAGAAGAAAAACUAAAGGUACUUUACUCCCUAUAGAGAAACCAUUGCCAUCAUUGUAGCAAGUGUUGGAAUGUCCCUUUUUCCUAUGCAACUUUUUUUAACCCUUUAAUGAACUUAUCUGUUGAGUACAUUGAAGAAUAUUUUUCUUCCUAGAUUUUGUUGUUUAAAUUAUGGGGCCUAACCUGCAACUUAUUUUUUGUCAAUUUUUUAAACUUUUUUUUAAUUACUGUAAAGAAAAUGAAUUUUUCCUGCAGCAGGAAACAUAGUUUUGAGUAGUUCUACCUCUUAUUUGUAGCUGCCAGGCUUUCUGUAAAAAUUGUAUUGUAUAUAAUGUGAUUUUUACACACACACACACACACACACACACACACACACACACAAUCUCUAAGGUAAGCCAGAAGGCUAGAUCAGAUAAAAACACCAUGUUUCUAAGCAUCCAUUUUCCCCUUUCUUUAAAAGAAAUUUAACUGUUCAAUGAAGGAGCUUGAGGAAAGGAGAGAAAUUCUUACACAAUGGGGUAACUGAUAUCCUUCCUGAUAAUGGUAGUAUAUGGGCACGGAUGCUGAUUGUAUUACCAUGUCAAUGUCCUAUGCAGUAUUGUUAGGCAUUUUUAAAUUCUGAAAUAUUUGUGUGUUUGUGUAUGUGCUCUGUGUGUGGCUGGUGCACAUACGUGCAAAGUUAGAAAAAGACAGCUUGACAGUAGACAGAGGGCAAUGUUAUCAAAUCUCUUGUGUCAGUUUUCAUAAAAUCCAAACCACCUAUGAAAAAUUCACCAGAGGGUCCAUGAAACUUGCCAUUAUGCAAAUAGGGUAAGCAUAUGUUAUUACCCAGACAUUAGUCAUAUAGCAGCCCAUGUUUAUAAUAAAAAAUCCAUAAGAAUAUUAACAGCCCAUUUACAUACCUAUAAAGUAUUAUAGGAAUACAGAUAAGUCCAUAGAGAUAAUUUGAUGUACACAUACUAUAAUAAUGCACACAUUCAUUGGGGAUGCAAAGAAAUUAUUCUUUGUGAUUGGGACACUUAGAAAGUGUACGUAUAUAUGCACAUAUAUACCUAUUUGUGUUUCAAAGUACCAUAUUGAAAAUUAGACCUUUAUUAAUCAGAUUGAACAUGAUGUUUACAGGUAAUAUUUUCAUUGUUACAUUAUAUAUCGAAUGUAUUUUGAAAAAGACAUUCUACAUGAUGACUUCGUACUUUUGGAUUCCCAUAACCAUGAUUGUGAUGUAUCCUCACCAUACCAAGUUUUUGGAGGAGUACAAGAAGCAGAAUGAAAUCUCUUAUUUUGGUUUCAUAAUAUGCAUUUAUUGACCCCCCACAUAUUCCUAUAUUAAUUAAAUUGUAAUCCUGCCUUUUUGAAAUUUUCAUUAUAAAAAAUUUAUUAUCCUGAGUUAGAUGUUACUUUUGUAGUAUCUGGUCAUCUUAAACCUUUUAAUUUUAUACCAAUGGGACAUAAAUUAUACUAAUAUUUUUCAUUGAAAUCACAGUGGCAAAUCACAUUUUAUUGUAUUAGAAAUUCAAAGGUUAUAUUUUGGCAUUAUGUUCGUAUUUAGAGCUAACCCUAAAAUGAUGAUUCUAUAUUAUCUAGUUUUCUGUUAUCCUAAGUUAAAACUGUGUAAGAAGCCUUACUCAUAACAUGUUUAAAAGCUGCAUAGUAAAUUCAGCCUAACCCUCAUAAUGGCAAAUUAAAGACACACCUGUUUAUUUUUAUAGAAGUUCUAGAUGUAAUGAUAUUUUUUCUCAUUGUGCAUCAAAGCAACUUAACUCAUCAUUGUAGAGGGAAAAACUAUCUAUAGUCCCACUGAGGAGCCCACUUAUUUUGUGACCGGUUAGAGGGUUGGUAUUCAUGAUGUGAACACAAAACAGCAUCUUUCAUCUACUGCAAGGACCAGUUUGUGUCAAAGGUUUUUAUAGUCAUCACUUUAAGAGGAACUGAGGUAGUUACCACACUAGUAAACAGAACCCAAGGUCCCUGUGAGCCCUCAGGUUAUCUGAAUUCUAACUGAAUUUACUCAUUGCCUAAGAACUAACCAGAUUUUUGGAUGGUUUUUGUCUCUAUGUAAACUGGACACAGUAAAUAUUUUAUGAAGUA